AUGUCAAUUCUCUGUUUGACAGGUCAUCCUGGAAAAGUUAGAAUUAUGGCUACAGCUAUUUCGCCAUUUGCGUCUACGAAAGAGACUACCAACUAUGCAAGGCUAUGCCGCCUCCUGGUGGAUGUUGGAUCUCAGGUGCUUCGGUCCACUUUUGACAAAAUACAUCCACCAGCGACUCUACAUACAGUUUUGGGAAGUACCUCAGUGCAUUACGCCACAUUGCAAUCACUGUACAAAGGGAGGAAGAAAGUGCUGAAUCCUACGCAGUGGGGAAAGUUGUACCCUACUCACAAAGCCGUGUCUUCUAAAGACUUCGAUAUCACACUCCUAACAGUGCUGCUUAGAAAUAUCUGUAGUUUGCCCACUCCUACCAAGGGAUGGGAUGAGCUUCCCCCAGCUACAGACAUACGCACCGAAGAUGACAUCGCUCGAGUGAAGUAUUACAGGAACACUGUAUACGGCCAUGCUCCUCAAGCCUCUGUGGAUGACAGUAGUUUCAGUGCUUACUGGCACGAAAUACGAGAAGCUUUGGUGAGACUGGGAGGAGCUUAUUUUAGGGCUAAAAUCAACAAUCUUGAGCACGACUGCAUGGAUCCAGUUAUCGAGGAGCAUUAUCGUGAACUGAUGAAACAAUGGAAGAAAGACGACGACAGCAUCAAAGACAAGCUUGAAGAAAUUGAAGGUAAGAAAAAUAUUGUCCACUGCCAAUGUGGAUGAAUCAGAAGGCUACAAAAGUAUAUAUUUUCAGUUAACACAGCAGUACAGGCUAGCUCACGAAGUUUUCAUUUUGGUUGGAACUAGUCUUAUAUUUGGAAGGUAUUUUUGCGUCAUGUGUGAAAAAUGAAGAAUUAACCCCAAUGUUGACACUGUGUGUUCAUUUGCAGUAUUUUGGUCUGUUCGUGGGUACUCGUGUACAACUGCUGUAGGGCAUUUUUGUGAUUUCUAAGCGUCCUAUUGAGUUUGAUCUGUUCGGAAUCGACUAGAUAUUGAAUUAGAUUUUAUUGUUUUAUCUGCACCUAAACGUGAAGCAGUGAUAUAAAUUUGCUUAUGAAAAUGCGCAUACCUUUUGAAAUUUUCAGAUUUGCUGGAAAACAUGAGAAGCAUUAUGGAGAGAAAAUUCAGAGACACAACUGACAGGAGAGAGAUUGAUAUGAAAGAGGUGAAAGAAAAGCUUACUAGUCUGACGGCCUCAGUUGAAAAAAGCACACAAGAAGGUUAGUUGGUAGAAAGAGCUACUCAGAAAAAAAAGUUAUGAAGAGCGUCACUGUUUUUUUGAGCAAAUGACACAGCUCUUGUGCAUGAUGACGGUAAUCGCUGGAUGUCGGCCAACACAGCAUACUUUGGUACUUUACUGAUAUAAAGGCACACCCUGGCCACCACUCACUGGCUAUACAUGAAGAUACUCUAUAGUGUGUGGGAUGCCACGGAUUCUGCCCUGGCUACCUCUAGGAUUUGAUGGUGUUUUGACAGCACUCAUACAUAUGUAUGAUCGUAGUUAUCGUCUCUUUUUUUCGUAUCACCUUUCUCGUAAUGAAUCUUACUUCCUAGUAGCGUUAGA